UCCAAGCAAAACAAAAAUAGUACAGGUUCCAUUAAUUUUUAUUUUCCGCGAAAAUGAGCAUGGAAAUGAGUAAUAUUAAUGGUGGAAACGGCACCAAAACGUCCCAUGACAAGCUCGAGUUGCUGUGCCUGCUGAAACUGAUCAAAAAGUACCAGCUAAAGAGCACGGAGGAGCUGCUCUGCCAGGAGGCCAAUGUGAGCAGUGCGGACUUGUCGGGGAUCAGCGAAAGUGAUGUCCAGCAGGUUCUUGGUGCCGCUCUGGGACUUGGCGAUGCCAACAGAGAGCAGAAGCCUGUCCCCACACCGGCACAGGAGCACAAGCAUUCCGCGGUGACGGAGGCCAAUGCGGCGGAGGCACUGGCCAAGUUCAUCGGCGACGAUAGCUUCGAUGCCCAGCACUACGAGCAGGCCUACAAGGAGCUGCGCACCUUCGUGGAGGACUCCCUGGACAUAUACAAGCACGAGCUGUCCAUGGUCCUCUAUCCCAUUCUGGUGCAAAUCUACUUCAAAAUUCUCGCCAGCGGACUGAGGGAGAAGGCCAAAGACUUCAUUGAGAAGUACAAAUGCGAUCUCGACGGCUACUACAUUGAGGGUCUGUUCAACCUGCUUCUGCUGUCCAAGCCAGAGGAGUUGCUGGAGAACGACCUGGUGGCAGCCAUGGAGCAGGAUAAGUUUGUGAUUCGCAUGUCCAGGGACUCGCACUCGCUGUUUAAGCGACACAUACAAGAUCGCAGACAGGAGGUGGUGGCUGACAUUGUAUCCAAGUACCUGCACUUCGACACCUACGAAGGCAUGGCGCGCAACAAGCUGCAGUGCGUCGCCACGGCAGGCUCACACAUCGGCGAGGCCAAGCGACAGGACAACAAGAUGCGGGUAUACUACGGACUGCUUAAGGAGGUGGACUUCCAGACCCUGACCACCCCUGCGCCGGCGCCGGAGGAGGAGGACGACGAUCCAGAUGCCCCGGAUCGCCCCAAGAAGAAAAAGCCCAAAAAGGAUCCGCUGCUGUCGAAGAAGUCCAAGUCCGAUCCGAAUGCUCCUUCCAUCGACAGGAUUCCAUUGCCGGAACUGAAGGACUCAGACAAGUUGCUAAAGCUCAAGGCCCUCAGAGAAGCCAGCAAGCGUCUGGCCCUGAGCAAGGAUCAACUGCCCUCCGCUGUCUUCUACACGGUGCUUAACUCUCACCAGGGCGUCACCUGUGCCGAGAUCUCAGACGAUUCUACGAUGCUUGCCUGCGGAUUUGGAGAUUCCAGUGUGAGGAUUUGGUCAUUGACGCCCGCCAAGUUGCGCGCCCUUAAAGAUGCGGAUGCACUGAGGGAACUGGACAAGGAGUCGGCGGAUAUCAAUGUGCGUAUGCUGGACGACCGAAGCGGGGAGGUCACCAGAAGCUUUCUAGGUCACACCGGACCCGUAUACCGCUGUGCCUUUGCCCCCGAGAUGAACCUUCUGCUCUCUUGCUCCGAGGACAGCACCAUUCGAUUGUGGUCUCUGCUCACCUGGUCCUGCGUGGUCACCUACCGCGGACACGUCUACCCAGUGUGGGAUGUACGCUUUGCGCCGCACGGCUACUACUUUGUCUCGUGCUCCUACGACAAAACUGCUCGACUGUGGGCCACGGAUUCCAAUCAAGCAUUGCGAGUCUUCGUGGGCCACCUGUCGGAUGUGGACUGCGUCCAAUUUCAUCCCAAUUCCAACUACGUGGCCACGGGGUCAAGCGAUCGCACGGUACGCCUUUGGGACAACAUGACCGGCCAGUCAGUGCGCCUGAUGACGGGCCAUAAGGGAUCGGUGAGCUCGCUUGCCUUCUCUGCCUGCGGACGGUAUCUGGCCUCCGGAUCUGUGGACCACAACAUCAUCAUCUGGGACCUUUCGAGCGGAGCGUUGGUCACCACCCUGCUGAGGCACACCAGCACCGUGACCUCGAUUACCUUUAGUCGCGAUGGAACCGUCUUGGCGGCAGCCGGCUUGGAUAACAACCUGACUCUCUGGGACUUCCACAAGGUGACGGAGGACUAUAUCAGCAACCAUAUUACUGUCUCACACCACCAGGAUGAGAAUGACGAAGACGUCUACCUGAUGCGCACUUUUCCCAGCAAGAACUCACCGUUCGUUACCCUGCACUUUACGCGUCGCAAUCUUCUCAUGUGCGUGGGCCUUUUCAAGAGUUAGGAUCGCAUUAUAGAUUAUUCGGUAUACGUAAAGUAGUCUUAAGGAAUGCACGAAAUGUUUAGGAUAAUAUUUUGUAAUCCGUUUGUCCCAUUCCCCUGAAACGUCUCUUAGUUUUUUUUUAAGCAGAAAAGUGUAAAGUGCAUAUAUGCCCAACUUAUCAAUAAAUUUAAAUCAA